AUGCAGGCCAGCAGGAGAUUUUCACCUAAUCCUACAACAUUGGCAUCACAGGUGAACGCCAUUCACAGCCGUCUGCUCGGACUUUCCUUUCGGUUGGACGCAUGUAUUGGCUCGGAUGUCCAUGUUCUAGUUCAACGAAUGGACGAAUUGAUAGAUUUUGUGAAAAUGGCAAUAGAUUUCAGCAUACUACCGUUGCCUGUAGAGUUAUUCACAAUUUGCACAAAAUUGACUUUAAAGGCUAGGCCAUUUCACACAUCUGCUCUCAGUGCGCAUGGAUUUGUGCAGAACAAUCUUAUCUCAUCAAAUUGCACCAGAUGGAAUGUUGUUAUUCCAGAUAACUUUUCCUCCAUCCCGAGCAGACCAAGCCUCCUAACCUACACGAGUUCGAUGUAG